AUGGAUGAGCUCCUGGCUGAGAUCAAUAAUUAUGGUGCUGUAAGAAGCGAUCGUAAGAGUCUGGCUCAUUACGCCACCUCAAUAUCCGUAUUUGUGAGUGAUAUUGAGGACAAUGGAUGUCAUGUUCAAGAAGCCUCUGAAGUGCCAUUCUUCAUGUCCAGACUCUUGUCGAAACUUGAACCGAAAGAUAAUGCAGACUUCGGCAGGGAGAUGCAAUGUGAAAAGAAAGAAGAAAAUGUCACCAAUUUAGUUACUUGGCUCCACCACGAGGCAACGCUCCGAUCUAGGGGCAAGAGAGAAACAGAAGCUGAAAGGGGGCGAGAUCCACCUUACCGUAGGAAGACGGAUCAAAAUUUCAAUGAUGCCAGUAUGACCGAUGACGAAUCAUGUCCCCUCGGCUUGUCACAUCACACGAACGACUGCAAAAAGGCUGACGGUACAUCUUGCAAUAAAUGUAAGAAGAACCAUCACCGUUCCCUGCACAAUGAGAAGAACAACGAACCCUUGCAGUCCGCUUUGAGUCCCGACGCACCGAUCUUCAGAAGCCAAGGUACUCCACCUGUAGUUGAGAACCGCAGCCUGCAAGGAAGGGAUAACGAGGAGACCAGGGAAGUAAAAAACGCUCUCGGUAUUUGUCCGGUGCAAAAGGUCAAGGUUAGAGACAGCGAUGAAAACCUUAACGACAUACUCGCGAUGUUAGACACUGGCUCAAACACGAGUCUUCUAUCCAAAAGGGCUGCGAAACAACUGGGGUUAUCUGGUCCUCAAACGCACCUAACUAUGAACUUAGCUGGAGGACAAAAGAAAGCGGAAGUUUCCGAGAUGAUAGAUGUUGAGAUCGCAUCACCCACCGAUGAAGAUAUUCUGAAGAAUCUUCAAGUACACACAGUUCGAAAGCCUUGUAGCAACGCCAAGAAUGUAUCACGAAAAUCAAUUGAAAGCUAUCCUCACCUCAAGUCAAUAGCAGAUAAGUUACAUCUCUCCGGUGGUACGGUCGACCUACUCAUUGGUACUGACUUUGUCGACGCCUUUGUUGACAUCCACACAGCCAGCGGCUUUCCCGGAGAACCUGUUGCUAAGAGGAAUUGUUUUGGCUGCGAAAAUGUUCUACGCGAAAACAAGUUUGUGAAAGCCCUCUCAGCCUCGACAACACUGGUGGACGGAAGAGUGCAAGUCAGAAUGCCAUGGAAAGAAACUGGGCCUCCUAAGCAAAGUAAUUAUGACAUUGCUUUGAAGAGAAUGUAUUGUGCGGAGAAAUCGUUUAAGAAGAAAGAUUGCUUUGACAUCGUGAGUGAAGAAGUUCAAAAACUGGAGGAUCAAGGCUUCGUUAUCAAGGUACCACAGGAGAAUGUCAAUCACAGUCAGCCAGAAUGGUACAUGCCACUCCAAGCAGUAUUUACCCCAGAAAAGAGUACAAAAGUCAGACUUGUGUUUGAUUCUUCCGCCAAAGGUCACGAUGGUCUCUCCUUGAAUGAUCAUUUAGAGAAGGGACCAAAUUACAUCAACAGCCUGCCCAAAGUUUUGACAACAUGGUGCUGGGAUGAAUGGCUCCGACAAAACUUUGGUGACAAGCCAGCUCCGGACAUUGUUUCGAAUGCCACCAACAUCCUGGCCAAAGUGUCACAAGAUGAGUUUUCCGAAGCAGCAAAAGCGUUCCAGGAACGAACCUAUGUUGAUGACAUUGGUGGAUCCAGGUCAACCACUGUUGAAGCCAAGCAUGUCACCAGUACAAUUGACCAGGUGCUUGGAAAAGGUCAAUUUCAGAUUAAGGCUUGGCACUCAAACAGGCCGGAAGUCGACCAAACCAAGGAUGAACGUUACACAGAUUUGCUUGGUCACAAGUGGGACAAGCAAGAAGACACAUUUUCUCUGAAGAAGGAUUCCGUUGUGAGACAGAAUAAAGACUUCACGAAGAGAACCUGCCUUGCCCUUCUAGCCCAGGUGUGGGAUCCUAUUGGCCUCAUCGCACCAGUGACGCUUAAAUUCCGAAUUGACCUGCAAGAGCUAUGA